GUAAAUUAUUUCAGUGUGGAAGGUUUUACAGAUUUUACAGGGUAGGAUCUCAUCAACAUGUUAGAAUUGUUAUUAUGCGCUCUCGUACAGAAAGUAUUUAGCAACAGUAGUUCUCAUGAGUAUCAAGCUGAACAAAUUAAAGAGACGAUGGAUGAGGAUGAGGAUGAUGAAAAUGAUUUGUAUGAUGUGAAUGAAACCAAAUCUAUUUUAAACGGAAGGUUCCAGAGAAGACGGUUCGGAUGGAUCCAUGUUUGUUUUGUUUUUGCUUUUCUCUGCGCAGUUGGCGCCAUCUUUCUUUUUUCUUUCUUCCCGUGGAACAGCAGCAGCUUUCAGUCUCAGGCUUUUCGACCAAGUAUACUAGGUAAUUUUAGCAAAGCAGCAGUUGCAGUGGACGGCGAACCAUGCGCAAAAGUCGGGAAAGAUGUGUUGGUAGAAGGCGGAAGUGCUGUGGAUGCCGCAAUCGCAACUCUGUUCUGUAAUGGCGUCUACAACAGUCAAAGCAUGGGUCUGGGCGGAGGGUUUCUCAUGACAAUAUUUGAAGCUAAGAAGAAGGAAGUAUUUGCUCUUGAUGCUCGAGAGAAAGCUCCUGGAGCUGCUACUCAGGAUAUGUUUAACGGAGAUGCAGAUGCUUCACAGAGAGGACCCUUAUCAAUAGCUGUCCCUGGAGAAAUAUCCGGAUACUGGGAGGCAAAGAAAAGGUUUGGGUGUACCUGUAUGAGCUGGGCCCGACUAGUAGAGCCGACCAUAAACAUGUGCAGAAAUGGUAUAACAGUUUCUUGGACUCACGCUAAUACAUUGGCAGACAAUGAGUUAACAGAUCCCAAGAUGCGCGAAAUAUUUAUAAAUCCUAAAACUGGAGAGGCUUGGAAGGAAGGAGAUGUUUACUACAGACAUGAUUUUGCGGAUACACUUGAGAAAUUAGCUCAGGCUGGAGAUGCUGGGGAGGAGAGGCUGGGUAUUUAUGAGUUAGGAGGUAUCAUCACUGAAGAGGAUUUAAAGGAUUAUAACGCAGAUUGGGUUGAACCUGUUAAGGUUCAUCUGUCAAAUACUGAUGUAGAUUUCUACUCUGUUCCCCCGCCUGGUAGUGGAGCUAUCCUAGCCUAUAUUCUCAAUAUCCUAGACGAGUUCAAUAUCUCAGCAGCAGACCCGGCUCCUUUACUAGCACACAGAAUAACAGAAUCUUUCAAGUGGGCGUAUGCUUUAAGAACAGAGCUAGGAGAUCCUUCAGAUCCAGAGAUCACAGAGUUUAUUCAACAGAUUGUGAAGAAUAUGACGAGCGAGGAAUCUGCUGUGGACAAGGCGAGUAGGAUAGAAGACGACAAAACCUACAACAAUGCCAGCCAUUACGGCGCGGUAUUUUAUACACCGGAAGACCACGGAACAGCCCACGUGUCAAUUCUGGCGGAAAAUGGCGACGCAGUCUCUGUCACAAGCACAAUUAAUUUGUAUUUUGGUUCCCUGAUCAUGUCGAAGAGAACGGGAAUAAUUCUAAAUGACGAGAUGGACGAUUUUUCAGCGCCAAAUAUUACAAAUUAUUUCGGAGUACCCCCCUCACCUCACAACUUUAUUAAAGGAGGAAAACGUCCUCUGUCCUCUAUGAGUCCUGCGGUUAUCGUAAACAAGGACGGUAAAGUGAGGUUGGUAGUUGGGGCAGCUGGAGGUACAAAGAUUACAACAGCAACAGCUCUGACAAUCAUCAGUAAUCUGUGGUUGGGUGAGGAUAUAAAGAUGAGUAUAGAUAAGAGACGGAUUCAUCAUCAAUUGGCUCCUAUGGAAGUCUCUUACGAGCCUGACUAUCCACAGGAUCUUUUGAAAGAGCUUGAGAAGCGGGGUCACGCGACCGCGGAAAUGGACAGCUUCGGUUCAGUUAUUAACGGAGUUUCCGUCGAAAAAGACGGACGAAUUUACGCCAACGCCGACUUCAGGAAAGCUGGAGGUGUGGACGGAUAUUGAGAGCACAUCCUUUCAUAUCUGUUCUACAAAACUACAAAACUAUAAACAGUUAAACAGUUAAACAGGAGUAUGCUUAAAGGGAAAGCUCACGUUAUUUUAAGGAACCCUUAAAAAGAAAGUGGGCCAACAAUGAUUCACAAUGGUACCUUUGUCUAUUAAACGAUAAUGGUCCGUUCACCGUUUAAAAAAAAAUCCAGGCCAUCUUCUUGUCUUUACUGUUAAAUUCAACGGUUUAAAGUGCCCUAAGUCAAACGGAAUUUAAUUUGAGAUUACGUGAACAGUUCCCUUUACCAAUGCAGAAACAACACAUAAACACAAGGAAAGGGAGAAUUUUACCCCCCCCCCCUGCACACUACCGUUCUCUACAGGAACUUAUCCAGUAAACAUCCAUUUUACAUAAAAUCUAUUUUUCUAAACAUAUGAAGUCAAACUAAAACAAAUUCAUCUUAAGACUGAAAUCCAAUAUGUUUUCAAAUUUUGAUAAGAAAAAGUAUGUAUACAAUUAUGUAAUAGAAUAAGAUGGAUUUUCUCAUUCCUUUUCUUGAAAGCAAAUUCGUACCAGACAUGUCACAUAAAGACUAUAGUCCUGUCUGUUGAGUGUGAUAAAUGGUUGCAAUAAUGGCUGUGACAAUUUUACCAAUAGUUCACACUUAAUUAACAUUUAUCUUUUUAUCAACUUUGUUUGGCUAUUAUUCCUUAAUAAGGCGUUAUCUUAAUAUUUUUGUAACAAUUAAACCUAAUUAUGUAAUCUAAUUGCUAAUAGAUUGAUAUAAUUUAGAAACGUUACUUAAAACGAAUUAAAGUUUACAUAUUUGUAUAUUUUACGUUUUCUUGAACACCUCUACGUUAUAAAAAAAA